AUGUUCGUUGCCAAGGACACUAUUUUAGCUCGGGCAGACACUCCUCCGUCCAUUCGGUUGGACCUGCCCGAUGGGGUCUACACACUUGGCCAGUACGAGCGGUUGGCGAGCACUACGCGUGCAGUUGCCGUGGUGCUGGCGACCCCGUUGCCAUGCCUAGCUGUCACUCUCUUCAUCGACUUGUUGCCUCUUUCGCCCCCGUCGGAGGGUAUCAUCGCCAACAGACUCUUCCUAUUGCGAGAGUUCUACGCGUACCUGGUCAUGACGUUGCUCGCCCUCCACCAAUUUCGUAAGGGAAUCCCGGUGCUACCAUACCCUACCAGGAAGCUUUUCAGGGACACACUCCUAGUGCCGGGGCUGAGUAUUGGUCUUUUGUACGCGUUCAUAUCGGUCGUUGGCUUUCCUCUCCCGUUCACGACGCUGACGUUGGUGCCACCGUGGGCUGUGUUGAUCGUCGUUUGUUUGGCGGUUCAAUGGGCGAGGAUUAUCCGAGAAACUGUUGGCGCCAUGCCGAUGUCGAUCGGAAUGGUGAAGCUUUGGGUGUGCGAUUUCCUGCUUGGGUUCAUCUACCCGCCGUACUUCUACGUCUUCUCGUCACUAGCGACCAAAGGGAAAAUCGUAUUCGUACUGCUCCUCCCAGUCAUUAAAGCGCUGAUGAGGAAGCUCUUCUCUCGAGCAGUCCAGCAUCUCGGCGACGAGACGCCUGGGCUGGUUGUCUUCAACGCCGACGUGUUCGGAUCGCUCUUCAUGUCGUACUGUAUGCAGAGGUCGCCCUCGACCUGGACAAUGACGGGCAUAAUGACCCUAGAUGUGAUAACCAUGGCGAUAUCACUGCGGGAUGUCCAUAUCGCGCAAAAAGAGUUGAAAGAAAUGGAGCGCCAGCUAGACAAGGCGCGCGUAUGGCGGAGUCAUGGUGGAGCGGUGGGUCACAUCAGUUUAGGAAGACGCGUGCCAACUACGCUGGAGCGCGCGAGUAUUCUAUUGGACCAGACAGCAGCAGAGUACGGCCCUAGUAUCGAUAUCGUGGAUGUGGCCAACAAAAACCGCAUGAUCGAUAUUCAUCCCGCCGAUCACGGAGCUGUUGCUGUUGGGCGAAGAUCACCAACCGCGGUCGUUGAAGCCAGCUACACUUUAAAGGUGCGGAGACUAUUGUACAUGGCAGAAUUUCAGCUGCUUCUCAACUACGUCGAAGCCAUGAUCCCGCUCGUCUUCUCCACGGGGAGCUCCGCGAUAGUGUGGCGGUGGGGGCCGGACUACAACCCAGCUCUCCAGUUCACCAUCGUUCCCCCGAGAGACAGGAAGUUACCCUCGAUUGAACGCACCAAGCAACUCCAAACACUUCGUGAGGGACUCGCUCUAUUCGCUGCAGUGGCUUGGAUCGAUGUUAAAGCACUCAUCUAUCUGCUGAAAACGAAGGGGGUUUGCCAAGUCCAAGACGAGACACGAAGUCACGCGUUUAUAAUGGCAGAGCUGCCUGUGUUCGUUGAGAUCGAAGUGGCUCGGAAGCUGAGCAAUGACCCAAGCAAAAGUUUCGCGUGGGUCAAGGACGAUCUCGUAUCUCUCUGCUGUGAACUGGACGAGCAAAACACUAGCGAAGCGUUCCAUGAGGCAUGGGCGAAGGUCGAAGUGUUCUCCAGAACCGACUCGAAGCGGCUGAGGGGCUGGCAAUACCUUGAGUGGGUGGACGUGCUGGUUCCUGGCAUUGGCUUCUGUAAAGUCCAACGCUCCGACCUCGGUGUGUGCGACCACGGGAAAAACUCGGACCUCCAACCGAAUCUGGAGCUGGAGAUUCAUUUCCGGCACUCCUUGGGCCGUGGACACCUGACGAGGUUCCUGAGGCUUGUUGGGAAGCAUCUGCGCAGCUUCUCCAUCUCCUUCGACCUCCAGACGAUCGAAGCGCCUCAAUCCGUCUUCAAAGCUACCCACGUGCGACGGAUCGACCACCACGGUCAGCGUAGCUGCGAGCACUCGGACGUCGUCGAAAUGACACUCGAGACGACGAAGCUGCGGGUUGUGCUGCUGACACGCUGCAGCAAAAGCUUGAGCGGAGAUAACGUCAUCGCGCAGCGUCAAUUCCUGUACUCCAAAACGCCUGAUCAGCAGCUACGAAGCAAUGACGUUCACCUUUCGCACCGCUUGCUUCGCAAACUCAAAUAUGUUCUUCGCCACGGGGACGUCUGGAGCAUGCAGACGAAGACGUUCGGGGUCAUGGCGCUUCAAGCCGUGGAAUUCAUGCAGCCUUGGUGUCGACGCAUGGAGAAAUUUCUCGAGGACACGAGGAGCGAGGUGAAAGUCUGGCGCUGGGGUCCAGACAACAAAGCGGCCAUUCAGUUCACUGUUGUGUCUCCGAGUUUCCUACUCAUGACGGUGGAGGAGCCCCUGGCGUGGAUCGAUUCCGAAGCAUCCGCCGGUCUACUCACCACGCUUGCAUGCAAGCCUGAAGAAGCGUAUUGGGCCCACGAGUCCGGAAUACCCGUCCUACCAGUGUGUGUGGAGUUGAACCUGUCAAAGUGGCGAGAUGUGCCUGAAGAUGUGGCCUGGGUGAACGAGAUGAUUACCUCCAUGUGCUGCAGACUGGAUCCGCAAAAUACAAGCAGCGAAUUCAGAGAAACGUGGGCAGAGAUCGAGCGCUUACUCGGUGCAUCAAGUAAUAUAUCUACGCGAUCCUUAAUGGCUCUCAAGACUCCGGUGCGGCUCGUUGUUGACGAAUUUGACGACGAUGGACCGGGGGGAGCUGUGUUGGCUCAGACGUGGGAGGUGAUACGGGAGGUCAUGGACAAGAAUCAAAUCUCCUGGGGGUGGGCGUCGUCGAUCCUAGAGAAGCCUCUUUGCUGCUCAAUAGGCUCGCGACGAGACUGUUUCACCUCUUUCACUGUGGACUCGAUCUCCGCACAGCAUCUCAGCCCGGAGAACGCCUUCUACCUUGGCAAGAUAAUGACCCAGUUUGUCGACCUCGUGGGUGAGAUGGCCGGCCGCGUUCACUUUUCGGACGUCACGUUCCCGCUGUUGCUUGUCGAGAAAGAAGCGACUGCAGUUUUUGACGUGUCUUCGAUUCUUUCAUCGUGCCCCAACCUGGAGGAGCUAACACUACAGCAGCGAACCGUAUCUGCCGAAGCAUUUGUGCGGAGCUGUGAGGAGAACAAGUCUCGACUGCGUCGUCUUCAAGUGAUGUUCGACGAUUACAGGGUCGUGGCCAAUGCGCUGAAGGACGACUCGCUCCAGCUGACCAAGCAUCUUCGGUGGUGGUAUUGCUAUCGUUUUCGUCUGGAAUUGGAACCAGUGGUGCCGUUGGAAGAAAUGCUCGACCAACUCGACGUGGAGGCUGACAAGUUGUCGACAACCUGCAAGCUGGCAUUCCUGAGCGUGUUCAGAUCGAGGGAGGAGCCUCUACGAAGUGUGAAAAUCGUCCACCCGUAA